AUGGCAGAUUCAAAAAGAGUUAACGCAGGACAUAAAGCUGCUUUACAUAAUCCAAAUGUCUCUGAAGAGACUAAACAACAUGAAAAAGAAUACCUAGAAAGUCAUGGUGCGGAAUACAGCGAGUCCGGAUCAGGAGGAUAUAAGGCUACCACGCACAAUCCGAACGUGUCUGAAGAAGCUAAGGAACACGCAAAGGAAGAACUUGAGCAUAAUGAAAGGCUUCAUAAUUACGAACAUUGA